AAAAAAAAACAGUCUAUGCCCCUGAUUGGUAUUGUUUUUGUUUACUAUUCUCAAUUAAUAUAAAUUCUGUUUUAUUAUCUUUUAAUUUUAUAAUGUCUGAUUCUUCAGAAGAAGAAGAUCUAUCUCGAUUUAGAGACAUCGUUGAUACAACAUUUUUACCUUCAAUAAAAAAUUCAAACAUACCAAACAAAGAACCUAACCCAAAGUCUGAAAGGUAUUUAGAAGAGUCUAGUCAUUACAACGAUGUUAAAGUACCUCAGGUACUACAAAACAAAAUCGGAACCAAGGUAUCCGGUGUAAUUAAAGAAAUGAUUGAAUUUGUAAAUAUUGAAGAAAAGAAAUUUAAAAAACACAAAAUAAAAGGUGGGGUUAGACUGUUUAAGGAUUCACCUGAAUUUAUGACUUGUGAUGAAGUAAUAGAUGUUUAUACUGAAAAUCAUAAUAGAGAAGCAAAAAAACUGUGUCAAAUAAAGAAAGGCGAUAAUAUUAAUGAAGAAGAUAAAUUGAAGAGUGUUGCUGUAAGUGGUGAAUAUGUUCUGUCCAAAGAAGAAACAAAGUGCUGGAAGUCCAGGAGAAAAGAGAAACUUUUUAAGUAUAAGUUUAGUGCAAGACCUAAUAAGUUAGAGGCCAUCAAUUAAAUAUUAUUGUUGUGAUUAAAGUCUUACUUAAUUAACUA